AGAAGUGCUCCUCGCGGGCGGAGUUGUGCUCUGUAAAAAGCCCGAGUCGGGGUUUGCCCGGGGGAAUCUGAGUCGACCAGUACCAGAGGAGAAAUAAGUGUCUCGUCUUCGGACCUAAGCUGCUUCGGCUGUUAUGUCGCAAGGUAUCCUUUCUCCACCAGCCGGUUUGCUGUCUGAUGAGGAGGUUGUAGUCUCCCCCAUGUUUGAGUCCACAGCUGCAGAUUUGGGAUCUGUGGUUCGUAAGGACCUGCUGUCAGAUUGCUCUGUCAUCUCCACUUCCCUGGAGGACAAGCAGCAGGUUCCAUCUGAGGAUAGUACUGAGAAGGUGAAAGUAUACCUGAGGGUUAGGCCCUUGUUGCCUUCAGAGUCGGAACGGCAGGAGGACCAGGGUUGUAUCCGUAUUGAGAAUGUGGAGACGCUUGUUCUACAGGCACCCAAAGACUCCUUUGCCCAGAAGAGCAAUGAGCGGGGAAUUGGCCAAGCCACUCACAGGUUCACCUUUUCCCAGAUCUUUGGGCCAGAAGUGGGACAAGCAUCCUUCUUCAAUCUGACAGUGAAGGACAUGGUAAAAGACGUACUCAAAGGACAGAACUGGCUUAUCUAUACAUAUGGAGUCACCAAUUCAGGGAAAACCCACACGAUUCAAGGUACUAUCAAAGAUGGAGGGAUCCUGCCCCGGUCCCUAGCUCUGAUCUUCAAUAGCCUCCAAGGCCAACUUCAUCCCUUACCUGAUCUGAAGCCCUUACUCUCUAACGAGGUAAUCUGGCUUGACAGCAAGCAGAUCAGGCAGGAGGGAAUGAAGAAACUGGCCCUGCUGAAUGGAAGCCUCCAAGAGGAGGAGCUGUCUACCUCCUUGAAGAGGAGUGUCUACAUUGAAAAUCGGAUUGGUACCAGCACCAGCUUUGACAGUGGCAUUGCUGGGCUCUCCUCCACCAGUCAGUUUACCAGCAGUAGCCAGCUAGAUGAAACAAAUCACCGCUGGGCACAGCCAGACACUGCCCCCAUCAGUGUCCCUGCGGACAUUCGCUUCUCCAUCUGGGUCUCCUUCUUUGAGAUCUACAAUGAACUGCUUUAUGACCUGUUAGAACCACCUAGCCAGCAGCGCAAGAGGCAGGUUCUGCGACUGUGUGAGGAUCAGAACGGCAAUCCCUAUGUGAAAGAUCUCAAUUGGAUUCAUGUUCAGGAUGCUGAGGAAGCCUGGAAACUCCUGAAAGUGGGUCGUAAAAACCAGAGCUUUGCUAGCACACACCUGAACCAGAACUCCAGCCGCAGUCACAGCAUCUUCUCCAUUCGGAUCCUCCACCUUCAAGGAGAAGGGGAUAUGGUCCCCAAGAUCAGCGAGUUGUCACUCUGUGAUCUGGCUGGCUCAGAACGCUGCAAAGAUCAGAAGAGUGGUGAGCGGUUGAAGGAAGCCGGAAAUAUUAACACUUCUUUGCAUGCCUUGGGCCGCUGUAUUGCUGCCCUACGCCAAAACCAGCAGAACCGGUCAAAGCAGAACCUGGUUCCAUUCCGCGACAGCAAGUUGACUCGAGUAUUCCAAGGCUUCUUCACAGGCCGAGGCCGCUCCUGCAUGAUUGUCAAUGUGAAUCCCUGUGCAUCUACCUAUGAUGAAACCCUUCAUGUGGCCAAAUUCUCAGCUAUUGCCAGCCAGCUUGUGCAUGCACCACCUGUACAACUAGGGUUCCCAUCACUACAUUCAUUCAUCAAGGAACACAGUCGGCAGGCAUCUCCCAGCUUAGAGACAGAAACUAAGACAGACCCAGGCCUUGAUGAUGACAUUGAAAAUGAAGUUGACAUCUCCAUGUAUGGCAAAGAGGAGCUCCUACAGGUGGUAGAAGCCAUGAAAGCUUUGCUUUUGAAAGAACGGCAGGAAAAGUUGCAGCUGGAGAUGCAGCUCCGUGAUGAAAUUUGUAGUGAGAUGGUGGAACAGAUGCAACAGCGUGAACAGUGGUGCAGUGAACAUUUGGAUACCCAAAAGGAACUAUUAGAGGAAAUGUAUGAGGAGAAACUAAAGAUCCUCCAGGACUCACUGACAAGUUUUUACCAAGAAGAGCUUCAGGAGCGGGAUGAGAAGAUUCAAGAGCUAGAAGCUCUCUUGCAGGAAGCCAGACAACAGCCAAUGGCCCAUCAACCAGGGUCUGAAUUGUCCUUACGGCGGUCCCAAAGGUUGGCAGCUUCUGCCUCCACCCAGCAGCUCCAGGAGGUUAAAGCUAAACUAGACCAGUGCAGAGCAGAGCUAAAUGCCACCACUGAAGAGCUGCACAAGUAUCAGAAAAUGUUAGAACCGCCACCCUCAGCCAAGCCCUUCACCACUGAUGUGGACAGGAAGUUAGAGGAGGGCCAGAAGAAUAUAAGGUUGCUAAGGACAGAGCUUCAGAAACUUGGCGAAUCUCUCCAGUCAGCAGAAAGAGCCUGUUGCCACAGCACUGGGGCAGGAAAACUUCGCCAAGCCUUGACUGCUUGUGAUGACAUCUUAAUCAAACAGGAUCAGACCCUGGCUGAGCUGCAAAAUAACAUGAUGUUAGUAAAACUGGAUCUUCGGAAGAAGGCAGCAUGCAUCGCAGAGCAGUAUCACACUGUUCUGAAACUCCAAGGCCAGGCUUCUACCAAAAAGCGUGUUGGGGCCAACCAGGAAAACCAGCAACCAAACCAGCAGCCCCCAGGAAAGAAACCAUUUCUUCGAAACUUACUUCCCAGAACACCCACCUACCAAAGUUCAACAGACUGUAGCCCUUAUGCUCGGAUCCUGCGCUCCCGGCGCUCCCCUUUACUCAAAUCUGGGCCUUUUGGCAAAAAAUACUGAGGUGGUGAGACAGAAAGCAGCCUGUGUCCUGAAUGGGUCAGCUGCUUAGCUUAAGAAAUAGGUCUCUUUUAAGCUUCACCAUAUACCUGGAACUUGAUACAAAGUGCAGUAUUCUGACACUAGUUGGGUCCCCCUCCUUUUGUAAUAUAAUCACCUAUGUAAUCUCAUACUUUUUUACUUAUAUGGUUUCUAUGCAUACACAAAAACUGUAUUAAAUAUAUCGUUCACAUUUGUUUUACAUUUUUUAAUUUGAAUGCCAAAUUUAGCAAAAUCAUUUAAAUUACAAAAAGGCAGGAAAAUUGAAAACCAUCAUUCGGGGCCAUGGAAACCUUGCACAGAAAUGGCAGCAGAUACCUAAGAAAGCUUGGUAAGAAAUGAAUCCAUGGGAUAUUAGAUACUCUAAGCCUUCCUUAAUAUAAAUGAAGUGUCGCGUGAUAGAAGGUGAAUGGGUAACAAACUUGUUAUAAAAACAUGAACAUAGAAAGGUUGGGUCCUGAACUCUACCUAUCACCUACUAUACGAAUUCAUUACAGCAUACAUAGUCAUGGCAUAUUACCCCUACUGAACACACAUGCACAGGCUGGAAACCCU